ACCAAGAUGGCCGCGCCCAAUUCGUUUAGAUUGUGGUCGAAAGUUUCAUACAAAAGUGACCACUAAAGUGUACACUAAAGCGCCCGCAAACACGCUGUAGUAGCCGAGUCGGAGUGUUAUUCUGUGAAGUAGGUAAUCGGCAGAACAUGAGGUCCGGCGAAUCGGAUGACGAAAGUCCGCCGGAGCUGUCGGACUACGCGAAAGCUGCGCUGGAAGAAUUCUUACGAGAAAGAGAGGAGCAAGAGAAGGGAACCGCACCAGAGGAGGACUGGCAAUUAAGCCAAUUCUGGUAUAGCAACGAGACGGCAACGGCUUUGGCCAAGGAAGCAUUGCGUGCAGCAGGGCCAGAAGGAGCGAUCGCCUGUAUCUCAUGCCCAACUCUGUAUGCAAAGCUUCGAGAGCUUGGCUGCAAGAACACACUCAAGCUCCUCGAAUUCGACCGAAGGUUCGAGUGUCAUGGGGAAGACUUUGUGCACUACGACUACAAUGCCCCACUUGAGAUACCUCGGGACUGGCAGGGAAAGUUCACGGUGGUUGUUCUCGACCCUCCUUUCCUCUCCGAGGAGUGCUUGUCGAAAACUGCGGAAACUGUGAAAUUCCUUCGUCCCACAUUCAUAAUCCUGUGCACAGGUGCAGUGAUGGAGCCCUAUGCAGAACAGCUCCUUAGCCUUCGGCCAUGUGAUUUCGAGCCCACACACACACGGAAGCUUGGCAAUGAAUUUAAGUGCUUUGCCAACUACAACUUGGAUGAAUUUUGCUGCUGAGCUGCUGCGACCGAAAGCUGCUUUUGUGACUAACCAAAGUAUUUUCCUAGUCCUAACAAUUGCCCGUAGUUCUUAUGACUGAUGGAAUUGUUUUCCUAGUCUCAACGAUCGCUAGUAGUUUUUGACUAAUCAAAGUAUUUUCCUAGUCUUUAUGUUACCAGUAUUUUUGUUUUGUUUACCAGAACCAGAGGAAGCUUA